CUAGACCUUAACUCUAGUCAGGGUACAGACAAAAGGAAUGACAUUCUUGACUUCAUUCUUGCUGCAGCUGAAAGUGACCGCUCACUGUCUAUGAAUGAUUUGGUGGAUGAGUUUGUUACCUUUUUCUUUGCUGGUCAUGACACUACAGCUAUCAUUUUGUCAUUUAUGUUGGAGAACGUUUUACGACAUCCUGAUGUCAAAGAGAAAACUUUGGAUGAGGUAAUUAAGGUACUAUCAAAUCGUGAUGAUGUAGAAUAUAAAGACUUAAAUCAGUUGGACUAUAUUGGCUCAGGCGAAGCUGGAAAUAGCAUAGAGUAUGCUAUAAUUCCUAAGCGUUUACGGUCUGCUGUUAGUGAUGGAAACGAUAGCGCUUUUGACGAAAGCGGUGCCGUGGCAAAGACAAUGUAUUUUCAGACUCAGAAUCAAGAUGCAGGAUAUGAUCCGAAGAAUCAGAUCCAGUGCAGGUUUGCGUAUCCCAAGAUACCCAUAAAUGAGACUCACUAUGUGUCAACAAGUGCUCAGCCUGUGCUGGUGUCGUCAAACUUGACUUGGAUUUCUACUACACAGACCAAGUUGGAUAGUAUUUAUUACGAACCCUUUGUGAUAUCUGCUCGUGGCAUGCCCGGUUUGAAAGCAAGUGAUAAAUCCAAUAUUAUGUAUUGGUUUGAUGUUGAAAUGGAGUUCCGGGGCCGCAACAAUUUGAAGUCCUGCAUCCGCGUGAUCUCCGUCCGUAGUGUGUCCGUCGGAAUCGCUGUCGAUCUGUCUAACAGACCUUUCGUAGUCUGUAAUAUGAUGUUGGAGUAUGGACGGAGAGGUACUGACUGCCAUCUGGUGUUUAAAGAAGCAUUAAGACUAUAUCCACCUGCAUCUGGAACAGCAAGAGUUAUAUCCAAGAAUACAACUAUUUGUGGGUAUCCAAUAUCUCAAGAAACAAAUAUCUCAAUUUCUUUUUAUUGUAUUCAGCGUUCGCCAUCUUACUGGCAUGACCCUUUACAGUUUAAUCCCGAUCGAUUCCAUGAGGGUGAGAGCAAUAAUCUUCAAGCAUUCAUGCCAUUCAGUGUGGGAAAUCGAAGCUGUUUAGGCCACCAAUUUGCUGAAAUGGAAGUCAAGAUUCUUUUUGCUAAAAUUUUUUAAGAGAGUAAAAUUUGAACUUUUUCCAGACAAGAAGACUGGUCUGAUUGGUGAAGGCCUUCUUCUUGUGCCAGCCAGUGACAUUAAUUGUACUCUACAUGAAUUGCAAUAGUGGACAGUGUUAGCAAAGAGAAGUGAAAUCAAAUGUAUGCGUGUGUACUUACUAGUAGAGCUAGACCUUCUAUUGAUUACAAUGCUGUAUUGCUUGAAACAAGA